AUGUUACCUAUAACAACAGAGAAAUUUGACAAGAAAUUGAUAAGGCUUGUAAAGGAAAACCCAGUAUUAUAUGACACAAAUCAUGCAAAAUACAUGGAUUUUAAUUCAAGGGAGGUUGCAUGGCAAAAAAUCGGAGACGAACUGAAGAGGCCAGCUGGUGACUGUAAAAUUCGUUGGAUUAAUAUAAGAGACGUAUACCGUCGAAUUUUACGUCAGUUGGCGAGUUCAAAAGGAUCUCGCAAGAAACAAUACAAAUAUGAAAGUGAAAUAUCAUUCUUGAAGCCAUACUUUAAAGACAUUACGCGAUUUUACGAAGAUGAUUCAGACCAAGGAAACGACCCUCUUGACUACGCUUGUGAUGACCCUGAAAGUGACUGCGACGAACCGCGCGAGUCGAAAGCUGUUAAAAAGCCAAGGAAAAAAUGGAAGAGGGAGCUAAAUGUCGAAGAUCAAGAGGAAGAAACGCCAACUGUGGUAACUGAAACAUCUUUACCUGUUGAAUUCGACUCCUCGGAUCCAGUUGACGCGUUCCUCUUGAGCAUUGGUACAACACUGAAAACAUUUUCGCCAUAUCAUCUUAAUAUUGCUAAAAGUAAAAUAUUUUCAAUUGUCCAAGAACAUGACCUGCAGCAAAUCGUCCAAAAAGAACAGCGGAGUAACACUUCUCAUGAUAUCAAGAUAUCGUCUUCGGAUAAUGAUAUUUUUAUGCAAUAA